UUAAUUAUCAAAGAAUGAUUGGAUUUCAGAGCGACCCUUUCAAAUUCAAAUAAACCCAUCUCCCCGCAACAGAGCAAAUGAUUGAGCUGCGCCGCGCGUGACCUGUUAACUUCUCCGUUUCUCUCACCACCAGCCCGCCGCUCACGGCGGAGGAGAUUCGCCACCGACCCAGUUCGCCGGUUGACGGGGGGCGUCUCGAUUCCUCUUGUUCUGUCCUUUUUCGUAUUAGCAGUUUUCUCUCUGUCUACAUUGUGUGCUUGUUUACAGCCAGCUGUAAGACCACUGCUUUUUAUUGACUCUUGAAACAGAGAGAAAAGAGAGAUUCUGUAUACUCCCACCGUUGCUGCUCGCCUUUUGGGUUUAAUGUCUGUUUCUAUAUUCGAUUCUUCGUUUUAUGUUCGUGAUUCGAUAUUGCUUUUGCUUGGAAUCGUUUAGAGGAUCGAAGUGUUUAAGAAAGGCAGCUAGCUGCCAUGGAACCUGGAGAAUCUGCGGCUAAGGUUAUAAAGAACAUGGGCCCCAAUGCCUGUCAAAUAUGUGGAGACCAUGUCGGGAAGACCGUAGAGGGCGAACCAUUUGUUGCCUGUGAUGUUUGCACAUUUCCUGUUUGCAGACCAUGCUAUGAGUACGAGAGAAAAGAUGGGAAUCAGUCUUGUCCUCAAUGCAAAAGCAGAUACAAGAGGCACAAAGGAAGUUCUGCUGUUCUUGGUGAUGAAGUGGCUGCUGAACUUGAGGAUGAUGAUGAUGCGAUUGAUUUAAAUUACAUUUCUGAAAAUCAAAAACAGAAGCAGAAGAUUGCGGAGCGAAUGAUGAGCUGGCAGAUGUCAUAUGGACAAACACAAGAUCUCCCGCCUCCGAAUUACGACAAAGAAGUUUCUUUAAAUCACAUUCCCUUGCUCACCAAUGGGCAGGAGGUUUCUGGAGAACUUUCAGCUGCAUCACCUGAGCAUCAUUUGAUGGCGUCUCCUGGACAUCCUCGUGGGAAGCCGAUAUAUUCUCUUCCUUAUGCAGCUGAUAUUAACCAAUCACCUAAUGUGCGAGGCGUGGACCCUACAAAAGAGUAUAAUUCGUCGGGGCUAGGCAAUGUAGCGUGGAAAGAAAGAGUUGAUGGCUGGAAGAUGAAACAGGAGAAGAAUGCUGGACCAAUGAGCAUAGCCCAUGCUGCAUCUGAAAGGGGAGGUGGAGAUAUUGAUGCCUGUACAGAUGUGCUUGUUGAUGACUCCUUACUAAAUGAUGAAGCUCGCCAGCCUCUCUCGCGAAAGGUUUCUAUUCCAUCAUCUAGGAUAAACCCUUAUAGAAUGGUGAUUGUUCUGCGACUUGUAAUUCUUUGUUUUUUCUUGCACUACCGAAUCACGAAUCCUGUACGCAAUGCAUAUGCUCUCUGGCUGAUAUCUGUUAUAUGUGAGAUUUGGUUUGCAAUAUCCUGGAUAUUAGAUCAGUUUCCGAAGUGGCUUCCUGUAAACCGUGAGACAUAUCUUGAUCGGCUUGCAUUAAGAUAUGAUAGGGAAGGGGAACCAUCACAGCUUGCUGCUGUUGACAUUUUUGUGAGUACUGUUGACCCACUGAAGGAACCUCCACUUGUCACAGCCAACACUGUACUAUCUAUUCUUGCAGUUGACUACCCGGUUGACAAGGUCUCAUGCUAUGUUUCUGAUGAUGGAGCUGCCAUGUUGACAUUUGAAGCAUUAUCUGAAACAUCAGAGUUUGCAAGGUCAUGGGUGCCUUUCUGCAAGAAAUACAGCAUCGAGCCUCGGGCUCCAGAAUGGUACUUCGCUCAGAAAAUUGAUUACUUGAAGGAUAAAGUCGACCCAUCAUUUGUUAAAGAUCGUAGAGCAAUGAAGAGAGAAUACGAGGAAUUUAAGGUCCGCAUCAAUGUUUUGGUAUCAAAGGCACAGAAGGUUCCAGAAGAAGGAUGGGUCAUGCAAGAUGGAACUCCGUGGCCCGGAAAUAAUACUAGAGACCAUCCAGGAAUGAUCCAGGUUUUCCUAGGCCAAAACGGUGGACUGGAUUCCGAUGGUAAUGAGUUGCCUCGUUUAGUCUAUGUAUCUCGUGAAAAACGUCCAGGAUUCCAACAUCAUAAGAAAGCCGGUGCAAUGAAUGCUCUUGUUCGAGUGUCUGCUGUUCUUACCAAUGGCCCAUUCUUGUUGAAUCUUGACUGUGAUCACUACAUCAACAACAGCAAGGCAUUGAGGGAAGCAAUGUGUUUUAUGAUGGAUCCAAACCUUGGCAAAUACGUCUGUUAUGUUCAAUUUCCUCAAAGAUUCGAUGGUAUCGAUAAGAACGAUCGAUAUGCCAACCGUAAUACUGUGUUCUUUGAUAUAAAUUUACGAGGUUUGGAUGGGCUUCAAGGUCCAGUUUAUGUGGGUACUGGAUGUGUCUUCAACAGAACUGCACUGUAUGGUUAUGAACCUCCUCUCAAACCAAAGAAUAGGAAAUCAGGAUUUCUGUAUUCUCUGUGUGGCAGAUCUCGAAAGAAGAAUUCAAAAUCAAGUAAAAAAAGUCCAGACAAGAAGAAAUCAAGCAAGCAUAUGGAUCCAACAGUGCCAAUUUUUAAUCUUGACGACAUUGAAGAAGUGGUCGAAGGUGCUGGAUUUGAUGAUGAGAAGUCCUUGCUAAUGUCUCAAAUGACCCUGGAGCAAAGGUUUGGCCAAUCUUCUGUUUUUGUUGCCUCAACCCUUAUGGAAAAUGGUGGAGUUCCUCAAUCCGCAACGCCUGAGUCUCUUCUGAAGGAGGCUAUUCAUGUUAUCAGCUGUGGAUAUGAAGAUAAGACGGACUGGGGAUCCGAGAUUGGAUGGAUUUAUGGCUCUGUCACUGAAGAUAUUCUUACAGGAUUCAAGAUGCAUGCCCGUGGUUGGCGGUCGAUUUAUUGUAUGCCAGACCGUCCUGCUUUUAAAGGGUCUGCGCCUAUUAAUCUUUCAGAUCGAUUAAACCAAGUGCUUCGAUGGGCCCUCGGUUCGGUGGAGAUUCUUCUGAGUAGGCAUUGUCCUAUCUGGUAUGGCUACGGUGGAAGGCUCAAAUGGCUCGAAAGGUUUGCAUAUGUGAACACUACAAUCUAUCCGAUAACUGCAGUUCCUCUUCUCAUGUAUUGUACCUUGCCAGCCGUGUGUCUGCUGACAAACAAGUUCAUUAUUCCUCAGAUAAGUAACAUUGCAAGUAUAUGGUUUAUAGCCCUCUUUCUCUCCAUCUUUGCAACGGGCAUUCUCGAGAUGAGAUGGAGUGGGGUUGGGAUCGAUGAGUGGUGGAGAAACGAACAAUUUUGGGUCAUUGGAGGUGUUUCAGCUCACUUGUUUGCUGUUUUCCAAGGUCUGCUCAAGGUUCUUGCUGGUAUCGAUACCAACUUUACGGUCACAUCCAAGGCGUCUGACGAAGACGGGGACUAUGCUGAGCUUUACAUGUUCAAAUGGACGACUCUUCUCAUCCCACCAACUACACUCCUCAUCGUAAACUUGGUCGGAGUCGUAGCAGGAAUAUCUUAUGCAAUCAACAGCGGAUACCAAUCAUGGGGACCACUGUUUGGCAAGCUCUUUUUCGCUUUCUGGGUGAUCAUUCAUCUCUAUCCAUUCUUGAAAGGUUUGAUGGGUCGUCAAAAUAGAACACCCACCAUUGUCGUCGUGUGGUCGAUUCUGCUUGCUUCCAUCUUCUCGUUGUUAUGGGUGAGGAUCGAUCCGUUCACUACAACAGUCAUAGGGCCCGACGUCGAGGAGUGUGGAAUCAACUGCUAGACUAGUUUGACCAUACAUGCUGCUGAGAGAACUUUUGGGAAACUUGCUCUAUAUAUUUAAGGUAUACAUGUCUAUAAGGAUACAUGAGGUUGGAUGAAAAUAGGUGUUGUAUUGAUCCUAUUGUGUCUUAUGCAAUUCACUAAUAGAUGCAAUGGCUUUAAAAGUGCUAAUGUAAAGAAAAAGAUCACCAUAGAUGAUCAUUUUUAGGUUGUAGCUUUUUGUA